UCCGUUAAAAAUUAAAGAAAUAAUACAAUAAUAGCAAAAUGUUAAAAAAAAUCAACUGUUGGGAGGGUAACCAGUAUCAGCUGGUGAGUAGUGAUAACUACGAUGCCUAUAUGAAGGAGCUUGGCAUGGGCUUGGUUCAACGCAAAUUAGGCAACACCAAAAAACCGAUCGUUAUGCUACAUAAGGUUGAAAGCACCCAUAAUUUAAUCACAGUGAUCGAUGAUCAACCAACUGUACUCACCUUCAAGUUGGGCAAAGAGUUCGAUGAAGAAACUUAUGAUCUGCGCAAUAUGAAGACUACAUUCAACUUGUAUGACAACACUUUGGUGCAAGAACAAAAGGGUGUCGUGUGCACGAAGAUCACACGCGAGUUUCAUCUAAAUAAAAUGAUGGAGCAAUCUGUGAUCAACAAUGUGGCCGCGUGUAGAGUAUUUCAUGUGCUUGGUGAAGACGAAAGCAAAGACUUGACCGAAUUGUUGGAGAAACUUGAAAAUGAGCAGCAGGAAAAGAAGGAUGAGGAUAAGGAGGCCAAGCAAAAGAGUGAAGCCAAAAGAGAGGUCGAAAGAGUAGUUAACCAAUUGGUGGAAUAAUAGGCUGCCACAAAGCGGUAAUUUGUCAAGGACAACAAAGAAGAGGAUUUGCACCGGAAAAAGCUGCAAGCGAGAAAAAUGUUCCAUAGUAAUUUUUUUCGCCUCAAUC